GCGGCUUUCGCUCGCUCGGGCCGGCGCGGCGGGCGCUGCUUUUUUCCAAAUUCAUAAAUAUAUAUAAACACCCACUCGUCCCACACAUUUAGGCACAGUAUUUUGUAAAUUUUUCUUUUCUCUUUUUUUUUACGCUACACGCGAACGAACAAGACCGAACGAAAUUCAACGACUCAAGAUUUUCUCUUUUGUUCCUUCCCCUUUUUUUUCUUUCUUCAUUUUUGUAAACGACCGAUUUUGGGUUUUAAAAGUUCUUUGCAAAAACAAAAGUAACACACGACGCGUCGUACUUAUACUAUCACGAUGAAACGAAUCGAAUCUCAAGUGUGUUGGUGGUGGUGCGCGACGACGACGAGUCUGCAACUGGGAUGUUCCGGCCUUGUUUAGAAAACGUAAACGACGACUUUCAGCCGGCAAAGAGCAGAGAGGGAAGAGAAAGAAAAAAAACGCAACAUCCACACUGAGUGUGUACAGACGGUGGCUCGUCUCGGUCGAGCUUUCUACAUGCACACCUCGAGCAAGGGCUCGGAGCGAGGGUUGCCCAAGAAGCAGAAAAAUAAGGGCAAAACAAGAGGAGCGGAAGGAAAAAUCAGAGUCGGGCGCCCUUGGGGCGCGCGCCUUUGCAAGGAGUAAAACACGACUCGAAGAGAGAGAGAGAGAGGGAAGAAAUGGCAAAGAUGUUCAGCUCGUUGAGGCUGGCGACGAUGCGCUCGCACAAGAAGACAAGGCCGGGCAGCGUAGCGACGAACGCGAGCUCCGACUCGGCCGCGCGGACCGACGAAGCGCCCAGCACCGCCCCAACCGCGACAUCGGCACCCAGUCCGUGUCCCGGUCAGAUGCUCCCGGGGAGCUUUUACAGCGCCUCGCCCUUCCUCGAGGACGUCGCCGAGACCGCCACCACGAGCUUGUCCUCCAAGGUUGCCCAGGUGCGCGUGGAGCGGGAGAGCGGCAGCUUGGGGGUGACGUUGCGGGGCAGCGCGGGCCGAGCCCUCGUGGUGACGAGCGUGAAGCCGGAGGGUCCGGCGGCGAGGGAGGGUCGCGUGCGGCCGGGGGAUCGGCUCCUGGCGGUGGACGACGCGGAGCUGAGGGGCCUGACGCUCGCCGAGGCCCAGCGGGCGCUUCGCAGGAGCUCCGAUUCGCCCAUCGCUUCGCUCACCAUAGAGUACGACGUCGCCAACAUGGAUGAGAUCAGGGCCGCGACGUCCGGGCCUCUGCUCGUCCAACUGGAGCGCGGACCGCAAGGAGAGUUGGGCCUGACGGUGCGGGACGCGCACAGCGGCGUGUACAUCGAGAGCUUGCGGCCAGCUAGCACGGCCGACCGCUGCGGUGCCCUCCAGCCGGGGGAUCGGCUGCUCGGGGUAGACGACGUGGUCGUCCAGGACGCGGUCACCGCGGCCAAGCUGUUGCGCAACAACUCCGAGAACUGUCGCAUCGCCAGGCUGCAGAUACUGCCAAGGCCACCGAGCGCGUCCAGCCGCACCAUGAAGCGCCGAGUCCAGCCGCAAAAAUCGACGCUCCACGUGAGCGAGACCCUCAACGUGCUCCUACGCCCGGACCACCGGGGCUUGGGCAUCGGGCUGAGACAAAGCGACGACCGGCUCGACUACGUCGUCGACAUCCUCGAGCCCGGGGGACCGGCCGAGAGGAGCGGCGUCCUGCUGCCCGGGGACCGGGUCGUCGCCAUCAACCGGCGAGCCGUCAGGGACCUACAACCGGCCGAAGUUGCGAUGAUCCUCGAGGCGCCCCAGGUAGAGCUGAUGGUUGAGUACAAGGUGGGUGGGGCCGUGGUGCCGAGCAGCGGGGUGUUCACGGUGCGGGUGGCGCGGCCCCUGGGCGGCCAGCCGGACCUCGGGCUCACGGUCAACGAGGGCCUCCGGAUAUCCGAGGUGCGCCGCGGCUCGCUCGCCUACCGCACGGGCAGCCUGGCCCCGGGGGACCGGCUCCUGGCGAUCGACAACCAGAAACUCGACCCCGGCGACCUCCACCAGGCGGCCCAGCUGCUCCACAGGCCCGGCAGCAGCGUCGUGGCCCUCACUGUGCGCAAACCCGAUCUCACGCCCGAUACGAGGUCGGUACGAUUUUCGUUGUCCCACAGGGAGCAGAGCAUAGCGGGCGACUCGGUGCAGUACACGAGCGCCGGUAGCAGCAGCAGCGCCGUGAGGUCGGCCCGGGAAAGUUUGCCGAGCGUCGACAGCGCGGUCGACUCCUGGGGCGAGAUGGGCGACGUCGCUGGCCCGGAGAUCAUGAGGCUCUGGGAGACCGCGUCCGUCGACAGCGGCCAACUCGAUCUACCCAUGCCUCCCUACCCCUACCCAAAUUCCGCGGCGUCGAAUUCACCGCGACCCGGCUGUAGUUGUAGUCCCACUCAGCCGCUGCCACCUCCGCCAGUGUCGCCGAGCCAGCAGCAAAUCCUGCACGUGUCGCUGCACAAGGACCCGGUGUACGAGGACUUUGGGUUCUCGGUGUCGGACGGGCUGUACGAGCGCGGGGUGUACAUAAACAGGCUCAGGCCCGGUGGGCCCUGCGACGGGCUCCUACGGCCCUUCGAUCGGAUAUUGCGCGUCAACGAGGCCAGCACCGAGGAGUGCGACUGCUGCCUCGCGGUGCCCCUCAUCGCCGCGGCCGGGGCCAGGCUCGAGCUCACCAUCGCCAGGCCCGUCUCGCCCACCGACAGCGUCAACAAACUGUACUAGCGGAUGGGAGAGGCUUUUAUUUUUCGUAUCGAGACGAUCGGUUGCGCGCGUGGAUGCACGGAAGGAUUUUCACGGGGAAAACGAACUUGCAUAUGGUACUUUUACCAAAUGUUGGUAAAACAUGUUUCGUGCAGAUUGUAAAUUUAUAUAAUUAAAAUGGAUACAAACAAUGUCUCUUGAUACUUUUAUGAUUUAUUAUU